GUCCCAGCACAUUCGAACACAGAGAGUCGACUCUUUUGAGUGCCUCACAGAGAGUCGACUCUUACUAGCUACCGCGGACAUUGUACCUUCGAGUGCUAGCACAGCUGGCUCAGUCUGAAAGAAAACCCUGCUCUGUACCCUAUGUUGUCCGCGAACAGGGCUUCGAGCCGGCGGCUGCUGAGCUGUCCAUGCCCCCUGCUCUCAGUGGAGCCCACUCGGGGACUGGUGGACGAAAAGCUCCGAGUUUUUGUGACAAAUUUAAACCCGAACCAGCAGGUGACCAUUCACUGUCUCCAUUAUUCAGAAGACAGGGACUACUGGGAAGCUUUUGGACACUAUGUGGGCGACGAACAGGGCACUGUGACUGUGGCGAAGGACUCCAGUGUGGGAGGCACGUACACGGGCGUGGAGUCUAUGGCACUGAUGUGGAGUCUGCGGCCGGUACCAGGCAGCAGAACAGGACUGAGGUUACGAAAGAGCGAUGUCCUCUCACCAAUGAUAUUCCACAUUUCUGUGUAUGAUGGACACAUGACUCAAGAUUUUAAGCAGCUCACACCAUUAGUGACCACUGUCAUAGAAAGAUGGUACAUGGCUCCAGGUGUGCAGAGGGUCAAUGUACGUGAGAAAGGAGUAAAAGGAACUUUGUUCAUCCCUCCGGCUCUUGGCCCUUUUCCUGGUGUGUUGGACAUGUGGGGAGGAGGUGGAGGCCUGGUGGAGUAUCGAGCUGCCCUGUUUGCAUCACAUGGCUUUGUUGCUUUUGCUUUGGAGUAUCUGUCUAUAGACGAAAAGAAAGACAUUAAUACCACCUACUUUGAGGAAGCAUAUCAGAUCAUGCAGGAGCAUCCCAUGGUCCAAAGGGACAGAUUGGCUCUGGUAGGCCUCUCGUUCGGUGCUUCUGUUGCUCUGUCUAUGGCUGCCUACUCCUCUUUAAUUAAGCCCCAGUGUUGUAUCUGCAUCAGCGGCAGUCACGUCACUCCUGUACGCAAUACAUUGUCUGAAGUCUAUAAAGACUUGAACAGGAUGUUAUAUAAAAUGCGAGUAGAGGACAAUCAGGUCAUCUGGAGAGACAUCAUCUUGCCCAUCCCAAAAGAUCUAACCAAGAAAGUAGAUGUUGGCCGGAUAAGAUGUCCUCUGCUUUUGGUUGUUGGUGAUGAUGAUCAGAACUGGGCCACACUGGAGUCAGCAGAAGAUAUUGAGAGAAUGACCGAAGUGGCAGGGAAUCGUCAUUUGCUCAAGGUCCUCGUCUAUCCUGGUGCAGGUCACUUGAUUGAGCCACCCUACACGCCACACCACAGAGCCACUAACUUCAUGGUUUAUGGCAAGCACAAAGUGAUCAUGCUUUGGGGUGGGCAGACCAAACAACAUGCAUAUGCACAAGAAGACUCAUGGGAGAAAAUGUUGGACUUUUUACACCAACACCUGCGCUGUGCAGCUCCACAGGCCCGACUGUAGCGAUGAGACAGAUUGUUUUGCAUUGUGUAAUGUUAUUUUAGAGACACUAGGGAGGGCACUACGGAAGAUUGCAUAAACAAUUUAAAAGAUAAAAAAAAUAAAAGAUUGCAUUUCAUACAGACAACGCUGUAAAAAGAACGUUUUGAAAUGUUUGAAUCGAAUAUAAAGGAAGUAAUAAAAAGAAGAAAUGCAGGUAA